UCAUCCCCACUGCUCCCACUCCCCCUCUUCCUUCCUUCCUUCCUUCCUUCCUUCCACCCUCCUCCCCUCCCCUCCUCUCUCUUCUCCCCAAGAUGGUCCCAAGAAACAAGAGCAUCUUCCACCUAGGGGAGGAGGGUGGUGAGGCUACUAGUACCGGAGUAGCCAUUAGAGGGCUCAAGAACUUGACACAAGCAUCCGAAGGACUCGUAGGUCUUCGGAUUCUGAUACAGCACACAGGGCAAGGAUCGAAUAUCGUUAUCAAGUCCACGUUGAAGUCAUGCAGGCCAACAGCGAGGCCUUGCCAAAGUCCCAAGAGUUAUCAGGAGUUGGGCUUCCUAAAGGCAUGCUUCCUGUGCAAGAGGGAGCUAAGCCCACAAAAGGAUGUUUACAUGUAUAGGGGUGACCAGGGAUUUUGUAGUGAGGAAUGUCGUUGCCGGCAAAUUUUGAUAGAUGAAAGAAGAGAGUUUGAAGCAUCUACAAGAGAGAGGCUUGGGGUGUCUCAUCAUCGUCAUGCCGGCUCCAAGGUUCAGGAAUCCGAUCGCCACCGGAAGAUCUCAGCCGCAGCGUAGACAGCCUUGUGAUGAAGAAGCUUGAACCAUAAUAUCCAGUAGUUUUUGCUCCUUUUUUCUUGUUUUUAAUCAGAAAAAAGGCUCUAUGUCCAGCAAGUGUAUUAUAAGAAAUAUGUUGGAAUGGUAUAUAAUAAAAGUGGCUGAUCUUGUUCCUUGAAA